AUGACGCCCAACCGCCCGCUGUGGACGCUGACGUGCUGGUUCGCCGCCUGGAAGUUCCUGGUGCUGGUGCUGGUGCUGGCCGGCCCGGGCCCGGGAUACGACACGUCCACCACCAUCCUGUCCCCGAUCCCGUCGUCCGGCUUGUCGGCGAAGCUGUUAAACUUUGUGAGAUGGGAUUCCUUAUACUUUGUCAAUAUUGCCCAACGCGGAUAUCUGUAUGAGCAGGAGUGGGCGUUUGGCUAUGGCUAUACCAAGCUGCUGGCUAUCUUAUCGACCGGCACGCCUCGUGAACCCUUUCAUCUGGCCGUAGUUGGAAUCGCCGUCUCGCAUCUGGCUCACUACUUGUCUGUGCUAGUGCUUUACCGCUUGACUCAAACUAUUUUUGGGGAUAAGAAAUACCCCAACCACCUGCCUUUUCUCUCAGCAGCUCUGCACAUCAUCUCUCCAGCAGGUGCUUUCUUGUCCGCCCCUUAUGGGGAGCCAGUGUUUGCAUUACUUAAUAUCCUGGGAUAUUACGUUUAUUUUCUCGCGUUGAAAUACGACCGCCAGAGCUCUCUGCUCCCGAGGGACCUGAGCUUUAUCGCGUCAGGUUGCAUUUUUGCUGUUGCUUCGACCGUUCGAAGCAAUGGCAUCCUGGGAGGGAUGCUAUUUGCGUAUGAUGCAGUCUUGAGGGCUUUUGAAAUUGUCCAAACUCGCCAUAUUAGCCUACCUGUGUUUCGGCGCCUAGUCUUUGUUGGCCUUGGUGGUGCGCUGAUUCUACUUGGAAUAGCUGGGCCUCAAUAUAUCGCAUACUCUUCCUACUGCCAGUCAGCGGCAUCUCCACGGAGCUGGUGCAGCAAUCUACCCCCAAGUAUCUAUACCUGGGUUCAAGGUCGAUAUUGGAAUGUUGGAUUUCUGGGAUACUGGACCAUACCGAACAUCCCCCUUUUCCUAAUGGCUGCCCCCAUGCUCACUAUCUUAUUUCUUUCCGCAACCUGGGCUCUAACCUUGAACAAACGCGUAACAAUACCAAGUGACAAGAACACCGAGAAGAUGGCUUGCGAGAGCGAAUUCACCAGCGUCUGUCUCGUACGACUGGCCCUGCCGCAGGCGGUACUAGCUUUGCUUGCAUUGACAAGCUACCACGUCCAAAUAAUCACACGCCUUGCGUCAGGAUAUCCACUGUGGUACUGGUGGCUAGCUAUAUGCCUAUUUAAAGAGGGCAAGCAUGGUUUCAAGGGCAUUGUGCAGCCGAAGACGAUAUUGCAUGGAAUCGUGCUGUAUGGUAUGGUCCAGGCGGCGUUAUUUGCAUCAUUUCUUCCACCAGCUUAA